AUGGUGGGCCUAGUAGAGCAGUGUUGGGUGGUUGGUCUAAGGUACAGAAUUGACUUUUGUAGCACCAUAUGGACUUUAGAUUCAGGUGGAGCACUGGGCAGAGAUAGCUUCACAGGUGAAGAGGGUGUUUUGGCACGAGUUCAGAGUGAAGAGGCACAAAAGGAGGAGCAACAUCCUAGCACCAGUGCCAGUUUUGCACAGAGCCAGGUGGAGCGAAGUGUGCAAAUGGAGAGAUGUGGCUUUGAGGAGAUCAUGUCAGGUGGAGCAUCAGUUACAACCGACAUAAAUACAUUAAAUAAGCCAGUUGCUUCGGAGAACCCCGCCAUCGCGGAAUACCUCCGUUCACCGAGGGAGAUGAUGGGAAUCCUCAUUCAAAUAGGUUUCUCAGCGGCAACAGCAUUUGGGGUUAUUAAUGGCCAAGAAGGCUUUGUCAGUAUUGACUGUGGAAUGGAUGCGGGCGGUAGCAUCACAGAUAACAUUACCGGGAUCGUGUACCAACCCGAUACCCAAUUCAUAGACACCGGGAUAAACUACGAAAUACCCAAUAGUUAUUUGAUCCCCCACUCCCUUCCACAGUUAGGGACUCUCAGAAGCUUUCCAGAUGGAGUUCGGAAUUGUUACACCAUAAAGCAAGUGAACCAGGGUGAAAAGUACCUGAUAAUAGCUUUCUUCAUGUAUAGUAACUACGACGGUCAAGACAGUGCAAGCAUAGGUAGCCCGCUGCAGUUUGACCUUCAUCUCGGCGUCAAUUACUGGAAAACGGUGAACAUUACCUAUCCAUUCUCCGUCUAUCCGGUCGAGAUCAUUACUGUUGCGAAGGACGAUUAUUUCUCAGUUUGUCUGGUGAAGACCGGGUCCGGAACUCCGUUCAUAUCUUCGCUUGAGUUGAGGCUUAUCGACAGUGUGGAUGUUUACGAGGACGUAAACCAAUCCAAUUCCCUCGGGCUCUCCGGUUUCGAUAGACUCAAUAUUGGGGAAAGUCGUGGCUUAAACAGGUAA